AUGAGAAGAGGAAUUGGAAAAGGGGGAGGGAGGGGAAAGAGAGUCCUGCUAGAAAAGCCUUCAUAUUUUUCAGCUGUACGUGCAAAGCCCAUUGCAAUUUUUAAUCCAUAUUUCUUUUUUUGAACGUAAUUGCUCAGUCAGUCCCUCUCUGGGUAUUGUGCAAUGGAGUUUUGCUCUGAACAGUCACAUUUCUUCUGCUUGCAAUACUUGGAAACUUGAUGUGUGUUCAUUUCCAAUCCACAGCGUGUACGUGUUACUUCUUUCGGUCUCUCUCCCCACCAAUCCCAUUGUUUAUUCCAGGUCGGACACUGCUUGCCUUUCUCCGCUGGGGACCUAUCAUUUCUUGCCAGCUGAUGUCAUGGAAGAACUCAGGUCCAGAAGUGAUGGAGAGAGGACUUGAGUGUGGAAAAUAUACCUCUCUGCCUUUCUUUCAUGCUGGUAAAAAGCAGCCAGACUGAUUGCUCCUAUAAUGUGGAAAUGGGACAAAUCAGAAAUCUGAGGUGCCAUGGCUUGCCGGCAAAUUGUGCCUGGCCGGAGAUGGUGUCGUCUUCGCCCGUUCCUGAUGGUGUUGAUUCUGGCUGCCUAUCUCUUCUACCAGACCCUGAUGCCUUUAAGAUCCAGGAAACUGGCAAUUCCUACAACUGGCAAUGGACUCCCGCCCAACAAAGCAGCUGAGGUGCAGCGUCAGACACACCAAGUCCUUGCAAGGCGAGUCGGUUGCUUCCUUCCUUCUAGCAAACAACAAGGGCAGAAAGAGAUUGAGGAUACCAUUUUUAAAUUCUUUAGAAACAAAGCUAGAGAAGUAAUACUGUACAUCCCUUCUUCUGGCAGUGAACAAGAUCUUCAGUUAUAUCAGCAAAUCCUUAUGCAACACAGUUAUACAGUUACAGUCCUUGAAGACAGGAAGCUAAGCAGACCUGAACAUCUAAAUCCAGAUGAAUUAAGUUCUUGGGACCUUUUGAUUUGCCUCUCAUCUAGCAAAGCUGACCAUGAAAAUUGCUUAAAUAUAGUGGAAUCGUAUCAACCAACACUAUUGCAGAAGGCUAAUGUUCUCUCUCGAAUCCAGCAUCUGCUUUGCAGAAAGGAAGGAUUGUGCCAGAUAAUGAGAACAUUUCCAGAUUUGCAUCUUCCAGUUGUUCCUUCUGCCUGCCCAGAAUCAAAAUUUACAUCUCUUCAUGCAGUCAGAUCAUAUGAUAAGAAUGAAAGGACAAGUUUGAUUGAAACAUUACAUCAGCCAGUCAAGGUUGUUCACCAACAUCAGAUCCCCAUUAAAGCAGAAAAUAAAGAAGCCUUUAAAAUUCAAGAUUUUUCAAUCAUCAUCAAAGUGUAUGUGUUGGUGACAUCAUUAACACCUUUGCAGGCAUUCAUCCAUUCAACUGGAAUUGUCUGGGAUCUACCUAAGAAGAAGCAUUUUUCAGUCAAGUUGCAAACCUUUUUUCAGACAUUUUUGAGGGCCACUUCUCCUCAGCAGGCUUUGGAAGACAUGAAAGAGGCAAUAAGCAAACUCUUGUUGAUAACUGAGGUUUUCAGUGAAACAGCAUUACCUCAGCCACAAACUACUAGCCAAUGCAGUUCUUGCUUUCAGAUGUUAACUUUUGAUAUUGGAUUUAGACACACUUUUUAUCCUAUUGUCCUUGAGGUACAUGAAUAUUUUGACUUUCAAGCUGAUGAAGAUUCAUUUUCAGAGGACCAAAUUGUUAAAGAAAUCCUUCUUAGAGAUACAUUCAGGAUUCUCUUAUCAAAUCAAUCUUCUUCCUCUACUUUCUUUGAAGCUAUGCAGAAUGUAUACCAAUCAGCAAGAAUUAAGGAUGAGCAUCUCCAGGAGGACUCUGCUUAUUGCCUAACAUUAGAAAAAUUAAAUCCAUUGAUCAGUUUUGUGAAAGGGAUUCAGAAUCUAGGGCAGUUUGAACUGCUUUUCCCUUCUGCUGUUCCUAAAAUCCAUUUUUUGCUGCAUGAUCUUUAUCGUAUAGUGAACCCAGGAAAAAAGCUUAACUCAAACCUAGCUGUUCAUUGGUUCCUUUCAAAUUUACUUAAACAGUUCCAAGGAAUUAGCAAAGUACCACCUGCAAACCUUCCAAGAGGGAUUUCUUAUUCAGAAAAAGAAAGCAUGAAACUAAGGGUAUCUUCCCCAGUCAAAGAAAAAGAUAAAGAACUGCACAUUUCAAAUCUGGCUAAAGAAAUGCAUUGCAGUCAUGAUAAAGAUACACUACCUCAUCUCAGGCAGAUCAUCACCAGCCCAUAUUUGGACUUAAAUCCUAAUUUUGACCCCAGGAUCAAAGAAUACUACUGUGAAGUGCCCUUUGAUCUUUUGACAAUCAGGAUUAAAGCAGAACCCAUGAAUUGUCAAUGUGAAGCUCACUUGGAUGAGAGAAAAGGACCAAGCUCUGCACAUUACCCACUUGGAUUGGGUAUAAACAGAGUAAUUAUUCUGAUAACAGACAAGUCUCGGUCACUCAGUGAGAUUGUGAGCAUCUACAAAAUCAUCAUUUUUCGUGAAGACCGCCCAAGCUUGCCGUUAUUUGAUGACUUCAUGCUCUGUGGUUUUGUACAGGAUUGUGGUUCAGUCAUUCAUCCUGAAGAGUCCUGUGGUUUGCAGCCUCUCUCUGCUGAAUACCUGUCAACCGUUUCCCAACCACAGUUGAAGACAUGUGAAAUGGGGGAUGUAAAAGGACAGUGGAUUGUUCCUUGCCUUAGUUGUUCUGAUAAUAGAACUUGUGAUUGGAGGCAGAUAACAUGGCAGCCAAGAAAUUGUCAGUACCCUGUUCUGAAUAAACCAGAACUCCAAAAGUGUAUAGAAAAUAAAAAGGUUCUUUUCAUUGGUGAUUCCACUAACAGAGGGAUGAUGUAUUACCUGAUAGAGAGAGUAAAUGAGACCCUUCAAGAAUGGCAAAAGGCGCAUGGCAUGAAGUUUUAUCACAAUGUGAACAAUAGGAGCACCUUCAUUAGUUAUUCAUAUUAUCCUCAGUUCUGGAUCAGUGUCAGCCAAAGACCUACAUUUGAAGAAGCUCUAGAGCAGCUGCUACUCAGAUCACAGCCACUGGAGAAUACAGGCCAGACAAUACUAGUUAUUGGUGGAGUCCAAUGGCUCAAUUUCAGUCACUUGCAUAUUAUUCAAAAAGUACUAAAGCGAAUGAAUCUCUCAAAUAUAAUGAUAGUGAUAAAAUCCCUGGGAAUGGGCUUUCAUCUGCCAGUGGAUGGAGUGCACACUUUGUCACCAGCAGAAAUACAGAAUUUGUGGAAUGAGAACCUUGCUAUUCUAAACACCGCGAAACAGUAUGGGUAUGAAGUGGUUGAUACUUUCAUUAUUACAAUGGGACGGCACAAGGAAUUUUUGCAAGGGAAAUGUGGAUGUCAUUUUCAUGAGGUGGCGAAAUCAAAAGCAUUUGAAAGAAGUUUUCCUGCAGCAACAAUGUUCUCAAGACCUUACACUCUGGGCAGAUAUUUCAACAACCAAAGCAACCUUGUGAAACUACAAGCUUAUGCAUCCAAUUCUCAAUCUCCUUAUCGUGUGAGAGGCCCAAUAAAUCAAGUAUAUUCUGAAAUACUGCUGAGCAGGAUCUGCGGGAAUAACAGAAAGGGUGCUGGCAUGUAAUUUUGAAUGGUGGAGAUGCAGAGCUCUAAGACUCCCCACUUUUCCAUGGGUGAUCCACAGACCCUCUCAGAUUUAGCACACCCUUCUCUGAAUGGCCGAACAGAUUAGCAUAAUUCAAGACAUGUGGACAUUUCAUCAAAGCCUUAUAAAAUUAAGAUGCAUCUUCGUAGAUCUGUGGUUUCAGAGGGAGAAACAGAGAAGCACAAGGGGCAAAAGCAAGAAAGAGGAGUUACUUGAAAUAGUGCCCAAUAUUAAAUCAGUUGUAACCUAAGGUUAUGCAAUAUUGUAUGAUAGGAUAUAUUGUAUUUUAUUCACUGUGUUUGUAAAAACUCCUAAAGUAUAGGUACAGUAUAGAUUUUAUGGAUAUAUCUCCUGUAAUGAAAAAAAUGUGUUUUCUUUUGCUCAGCCAGAAAUCACGCCCAAAGGUCUGAGGGAAGUCACAGAAACCCAGAUACCAUUUGCCCAGCUCACUGGGAUUUUAUCUGUGCCUAGUAGCCGAGGUUACUUUGUUGGGUGUGUAUUGCCAACAGAAUCAUAACAGCAACAACAAGAAGUCUCACUUCCCUGCAGUGGCCUUGCCAGGGUUAUCUGCAGGGUAUGGUAAAAAAGCUCAAGAUGGUGGCCUGACAGUAGGACACACACACACAC